AUGCCACCCUCGUCGAUUCAGAUAAAACACAGUCAGGCCAGAGGGCUUUCAACAACGCAAUCAUCCGAGGAGAGUCGUGAUGAAGAACCGAGAAACCCACGUCGUAGAAGACGAAUAACCGUGUAUGAUAUCGUUGCGGGCAGAGUAAAUCGGCAACGGUUCAUCUCCCACUCGUACACUUCUCGAUUCAGACGUAAUGUGUCCUCUAGCCGGGCUGUUCGACCGUCGAAUGAUAUCGUAUCUCGUUUGGAAGGCGAUGAAGCCCUGGAUGACUGGAUUGACGAAAAUUCUCUAGACGGUGUUCCUCUUCCUUCGUCCGAUAUGCUCGAAGCAAUCCAAUCAUAUGCAGGUCAUUUCUACGCGAACACUGUUGACAGUCGUCGUACGGAACAUUUUUCCAGUAUGGAUGGGACCGCUCUCAUUGCAAUGGGAGUCUUAUUGGAAGAGAUGACAGAAGAAUUGCUUGGACAGACCGGAGAUAUGGUAUUGGUGGAACGUGAGGAUGACAGCAACGAUGAUUUAGGUUAUUACGCCAGCGAAGCUAGUAUCAGCAGCGUCCACACCGGAAGGGUGAGUAGAAAGCGGUCGGCUUCGGUCAUGAGUAGAGGUACAUCGAAGCAUACGUCUGGGACUGAGGACGACUCUAGUAGUUCUCGCAAAUCAGGGAAGAACAAGAGGCCUCGUCUCGAUAAAUCGGUUCGGGAACGUUCUUCUCAGGUGACGCGAGAGUCUUUUGCAGUUGCCCGUCACGGUUCGUGGGCCGCUCCUUCCUGUGUUGCUCCCGAGCCAAGCAACUUCACCAAAGAUCGAGCUCCCGUCCUUAAUAUUUCCUCCACUCAAUCUCUUGUGACGAAUGACGAAUGGAAUUUGCUAAAACAAAUCUCUGCAAUCGACGGUCGAGUUGUUUUGUAUAGUAUUUCCGAGACAAUGGCAAGUUUACACGCUCCCCGAAGCAAGGCGAUUUCGUCUGAAGUGAAACAGCAGAUGAUUCUCAAUCACAUACGUUCGACUCGUACUUGCCAUACACUCAAAGACUUGGAGAAGAUGCUACCUUCGGUUGCCAGUAUAAACAGUAUCCAGGUGAAAGAUUUUAUCAUUGGGUUGGUGAAUGAGAACAAGAUACGCGUGGAGAAAGUCGGCAGCAACAACUGGUACUGGAGCUUUCCAAGUGACGAAAGACGCGCGCGUGAAAACCUAGAGGAAAGAUUACUUCGAGAUUUAAAUCGUCUAACCAAACUUGUUGAGCAACUCGAAGACGAACUGCAAAAGAAACAGACUGCAGCGAAAGAGGAGGAAGGGUCUCGCGAGCCCAUAGAUAUUGAGACAGAAAGACGGGCUCUCAUGGAACGAAAGUCUAAAAUGUCCAGUGAAAUCGAGCGCCUCCAAGACCAAAAGAAUGCUUUCGAAAACAACGGGGUUUCUAAACUCAAACAGAAGACCGAGGAAAUCAAGAAAUGGAAACUGGAAACAGAAAUAUGGGAAGAUAACAUCAGCAUUAUGGAACAAUACCUUUGUAAGCUUGCCGGUGGAGACCGCGGACUGGUCGAGGCAAUCAAGAAACAGUGCUACGGUGACAAUUACGAGGACGAUCAUGAGAUAUCAGAGUCUGGGUGUUAG